GGAAGUCUGGGCGGAGCCUAGCUGUGCACUCCUCGACCGGCGACGUUGUUCUUCUAGCUGCUCUCCGAGGUCCCUGCCGGAAGUGUAGGAAGAAUCGGGAGGAUUUGAACAUCUCUCAUUUCCAGCUUCUCUGAUCAUCAUGAUGAAGCUUAGACACAAAAACAAAAAACCAGGUAAAGGUUCCAAAGGCUGUAAGAAGCCCGCAAGGCAAAAUGGGAAGAAAGUAACCUCCAGAUCAUCAUCUGCUCCCCAGAUUGUUCAUGGCAAUGACCAUGCCAGUCGCGAGGCUGAACUAAAGAAGAAAAGGGUCGAGGAGAUGAGGGAGAAGCAGCAGGUUGCCCGGGAGCAAGAGAGACAGAGAUACAGGACCAUGGAGAGCUAUUGUCAGGAUGUCCUGAAACGUCAGCAGGAGUUUGAACAAAAGGAAGAAGUUUUGCAGGAAUUAAAUAUGUUUCCUCAGUUGGAUGAUGAGGCCACAAGGAAGGCCUAUUACAAGGAAUUCAGGAAGGUGGUAGAGUACUCUGAUGUGAUUUUGGAAGUCCUAGAUGCCAGAGACCCAUUGGGCUGCCGUUGUUUCCAGAUGGAGGAGACUGUCCUUCGGGCAGAAGGCAACAAGAAGCUGGUCUUGGUCUUGAAUAAGAUAGACCUGGUUCCCAAGGAGAUUGUGGAAAAGUGGCUGGAAUACCUUCGCAAUGAACUGCCAACUGUGGCUUUCAAGGCCAGCACCCAGCAUCAUCAGGUUAAAAACUUGACUCGCUGUACAGUUCCAGUGGACCAGGCCUCUGAGGCACUGUUGAGAAGCAAAGCCUGCUUUGGAGCUGAAAACCUCAUGAGGGUCCUGGGGAACUACUGUCGCCUGGGGGAAGUGCGUGGCCACAUUCGUGUGGGUGUUGUAGGCCUUCCCAAUGUGGGGAAAAGCAGUCUGAUCAAUAGCCUGAAGCGCAGCCGUGCCUGUAGUGUGGGGGCUGUUCCUGGUGUCACAAAAUUCAUGCAGGAGGUCUACCUAGACAAGUUUAUCAGGCUGCUGGAUGCACCAGGCAUUGUCCCAGGACCCAAUUCAGAGGUGGGCACCAUCCUGCGUAAUUGCAUCCAUGUGCAGAAGCUGGCAGACCCUGUGACCCCAGUGGAGACCAUCCUUCAGCGCUGCAACCUGGAGGAGAUUUCCAACUAUUAUGGCGUAUCUGGAUUCCAGACGACUGAGCACUUUCUGACUGCAGUGGCCCAUCGCUUGGGAAAGAAGAAGAAGGGAGGUGUAUAUAGUCAAGAACAGGCUGCCAAAGCUGUGCUGGCUGACUGGGUGAGUGGGAAGAUCAGCUUCUAUACACCACCACCGCCUACUCAUACUCUGCCCACCCAUCUGAGUGCUGAGAUUGUUAAGGAGAUGACUGAGGUCUUUGACAUAGAAGACACUGAGCACGCCAAUGAAGACACCAUGGAAUGCUUAGCCGUGGGAGAAUCCGAUGAGCUGUUGGGUGACAUGGACCCAAAAGAAAUGGAGGUCAGGUGGCUCCAUUCUCCACUGGUGAAAAUAGCAGAUGCUAUUGAAAAUAAAUCUAUCGUGUAUAAGAUUGGAAAUACCACUGGAUAUUGUACCAAACCAAACCGUAAUCAGAUGGGGUGGCCUAAACGCAAUGUGGACCACCAUUGCCCCCAAAAUAACCAUGUAAUAGAGGUCACCUCUGUGGACCGCCGCCCGAUGUUGCAGAGGAUCCUGGAGACAGAUCCACUUCAACAAGGCCAAGCUCUGGCAUCCGCCUUGAAGAAUAAGAAAAAAUUGCAGAAGCGUUCAGAUAAAAUCGCCACUAAGUUGUCUGACUCCAUGAUGUCUAUGCUUGACCUCUCUGGCAACUCCGAUGACUGUGCUGGUGACUGAGCAGCUGACCUUCCCCUCAUACUGCAAGUACUGCUUCCUGUGGGAUGGGAGAAUUCAGAUGCCUUUCCAUUCUCCCUGAUGUACUUACAUACUAGAACACCUCCAUAUCAUGUAUCUUCUGCUAUAGUGCCCUCCAUUCUUAUCAAAAGUCUGGAGCUGCCAAACCCCAGUACCCUCUACUUAAUCCUUCCUGUCUUUGGGAAUGACUUUGUGUUUGUUUUCGUGGUGCCAGGAAUUGAACCUAAUAGGUCCUCACACAUGUUAGACAACCAUUCUAGUACCAAGCUAUAGUAUUACCAUCAUCACCAUCCAUCAUUAUCAUUGGGGAGUCUGCUUACUCAGCCUCCCAAGUACUGGGAUUACAGGCUUUUGCCAGCAUUCCCGACUCCCACUGUGUUUUACAAGGUAAAUAAAAUCAGUAGACUCUUGGCAUGGUGGCAACAUACCCUGACACUUAGGAGACUGGAGCUAGGAGGACUAUAUUUAUGGGCCAGCCUGAACUAUCUGGCAAGACCCCUUUUCAACAAAACAUCCCAAAACAAAGAGUCCAGCUGGGCAUAUACCUUUAAUCCUAGCACUCUUGAGGCAGAGGUAGGUGAAUCUCAUGAGUUUGAGGCCAGCCUGCUCUACUGAGGAAGUUCCAGGACAGCCAGGGCUGCAUAGAGAAACCUUGCCUCAAAAAGCGAACAAUAAAACAACAAAAAGAAUUUGUAAUUAUUAAAAAAGCAAAUAAGCAGAGUCUAAUUGUGGACAGUGUACCUUGCACUCUAAAUUCCUGUGUCCUACCCUGUGAGUUAGGCUGAAAAGGGUUAACCUCUCGGACAGGUAAAUGCUCUAAAGGCUAGACUGCUGAGAAACCUGGUGAUGGUGGCAGUGGCGGCCGAGGUGUGGUUCUCCCUGCAUGAGUGAGCCUCUUUGUUUUUAUCACCCUACAAGAUCUCAGUGCCAAGGGUCUUGCCUAUGUAUUAUCCAAAUCAAUAGGUAGGUCCUCAUCUGGGUAGUGUAGGAGUAGAGGACAGUGGUGAGUCUUCUGUCUCUGGAAGUGUCUGGGAAUAAGGUAGAGGAUGAAGAGUCUAGAAGGGAUAUACCUAUCAUAGUAAGUUGGGAAGCCAUUGGCUGCAGUAUGUUCAGGAAAUGUAGACCAUACCUGGUUUCUGGACAGCUAGGCAUGAGCACAAACUACUAAACUCUGAGAAUCCAGUUACCGCCUUUAACCUUCAGGAGGGGGAUAAGGCUCAGAAAGCUGACAGAAUGUGCUCAUGUCAACAUGAAGUGGUACUGUGCUAGGUUUAAACCUUGAGUCUAAUUCAGAUCUUAUGCUAGCCUUUUGGUUUGAAUUAUUUUGUCUUCUCAACAAAGGAGCACCACUCUGGUGUUUUCUGUUGGCAUGUGUUUAAAAUAUAUUUUCUCUAUUCUGUUUUUAAAACAAUGGUAGUAUUUUAUGAAAAAUUAUGCUUUGUAAAUCUCUUUAAGUGAUGUCUAACUUAAUUCACUGAUCUCAAGUUUUGAUAGACAAUAAUGUAUUAGAAAUAAAAGCAUCUAGAUUCUUGGGAAUAUAAUCAUGUCAUACUAAAAUAGAACUAAAACCAGGUGGGUGGCUCAUGCCAAUACUCUGAGCAAUCAGGAUGCUGAAGCGGGAGGUGGCUGUGAAGCUGAGUCUAGCCUGGGCUGCAGAGCAAAACAAAAUAAUGUGGGACUCUAGAUAUUCUAACUUGAGUGUAUCUCAAGGUGGGGGGUAGCGUGUGCAUGCACACAGAGAGGGUCUUCCCCAUAUAACCCAGUGUGGUCCUGAACUUUUUAGCCCCCUGAUUAGCUUCCCAAGUGCUGGGAUUGCAGGUGUAUCAUGCCUAGCUAUUUCUUUAUUUUUAAAACAAUUUCUUGGGUGUUUACUCUUCCCUUAAACAAUCAUUUUUAUACAAUAAAUUUCAUCCAUUAUGAUUUUAAGUUCUGUAAGUUUGGACACCUUUUAACAGGGGUGGCCUGCCACCAUAAUCAAGAUAGAGAAUUUUUGUGACUUUGUCCCCAAACUUACUGUGUCCCCUUGUAGUAUAGUCCUGCCCCCAUCCUUAGAUCCUAGCAGGCACAGACCUUUUUCCUGUUCCUUAGUAUGAAUGUUGUAAGUCACACAGGGACUUAUUUUAUGGCAUUAAGCUUUUAGCUUUUUCCUUUUAAACCUUACAUUCAAGUUAGAUGCAGUUGUAUAAGCUCUGAUAAAUGGAUAAAGAUGAGUAAUCGUUAACAUAGGACAGAAGAAUUCUAUUAGCCUCCCUUCACCAUUCCUGGUAUUUUAUAGUCAAAUCUUGUUCUCUCUCUGACAGUGACUGACUUGUGCUUUCACUUAAUGGCUUGUCUUUUGAAAAGAGUUGUAAGUGGAAUUUAAUAGUAUGUAACUUUUGAGAAUAAUGUGUUAUAAAUUAUAGAUUCGAGAUCCAUAUCACUGGAUAUAUCAAUAGUUUUGACUUCUGUUUCAUAUGCUAUUGUGUGGAUGUCUUACUGCUUAUUCAACCCCAAGUUGGAUGAUAUUCUUUACAGUUGAGGAGGAAGUUGUGAAUAAAGCUGCUAUAAAACCUUG